AUAAUAGAGGUGGGAGGGGAAGGAGAAGAAGGCCUUGUUGGGUCAAUCUAGUUCUCAUACGUCGCCUUCCCCCACCUCCUCUUCUCCUCCAUUUCUCCUCUUCUCUUUCUCACUUCACCUGGCUUGGCUUCCCUCUUUUUGUUGGGAGCCGAGGUUCGUCCUCCGUCGUCUUUCCUUAAAACAUCUGGCAUCUGGAGUUAGGCUGCUGAUUCUCUCGCUUUGCUAUGCGCAAUCCCCAACUCCCCCCAUUUCUUCGCGCGCUCCUCUUGCGGUUGUGGCGGUGACAUAAAGGGAGGGAGCCUGUGUCCUUCCCUCGGUCUCUUCCUCCUGCCAUUAUCGACUUUGUGGUGGUGGUGGUGAGUGGGCGUGGGUGGGUCUUCCUGCUCUCGGUCUCGGCGGCGAUCGAGAUGAAUUGCCAAGUGAUGAACACCUCCUCUCCCUCUCCAUCUUCCUCUUCCUCCUCUCGCAACCCCAUUCCCAACUCCCCCCUAUUGCUUCGGCGGACCGUUUGUUACUCCCUUUCUCACAAGACGGAUCGAUGCUCCGGCGUUCAAAUUGGAGGUUGCCACAAGACCCUUCAUCUCCCGAGGAAUUGUUGCGUCGCCCGGUGGUCCGACGCAAAGCGACCGCUCAGAUAUCCUCCCCAAGCCUCCUUGGUGGCUUCAGAAUCUAAAGGCGUCUCCUCAAUCCCCAUCGUCGGCGAAGAAAAGAUUGGAGUGUUGCUGCUCAACCUCGGAGGUCCUGAAACCCUUGACGAUGUGCAGCCUUUCUUGUUCAACCUCUUCGCUGAUCCAGACAUCAUUCGGCUGCCAAGAUUGUUUCGCUUUCUUCAAAAGCCACUGGCACAAUUUAUAUCUGUUCUUCGGGCACCCAAGAGCAAAGAAGGCUAUGCAUCUAUAGGUGGUGGUUCUCCUCUUCGGAAGAUAACUGAUGCCCAGGCAGAAGAGUUAAGGAAAUCACUUUGGGCUAAAAAUGUUCCGGCCAAGGUGUAUGUUGGCAUGAGAUACUGGCACCCAUUCACUGAAGAAGCCAUUGAGCAGAUAAAGAAAGAUGGAAUUACCAAGCUUGUUGUUCUGCCACUUUACCCACAGUUUUCCAUAUCAACUAGUGGUUCAAGUCUUCGACUCUUAGAGAGUAUAUUCAGGGAAGAUGAAUACCUAGUCAACAUGGAACACACUGUUAUUCCAUCUUGGUAUCAACGUGAAGGAUAUAUAAAAUCUAUGGCAGAUCUAACAGAAAAGGAGUUACAAACAUUUGACAAUCCUGAGAAGGUUGUGAUAUUUUUCAGUGCACAUGGGGUGCCACUUGCAUAUGUAGAGGAGGCUGGUGAUCCAUAUAAGGCAGAGAUGGAGGAAUGUGUGGACUUGAUAAUGGAAGAGCUAGAAAAACGGAAAAUAACUAAUCCCUACACUCUUGCUUAUCAGAGUAGAGUUGGCCCGGUGGAAUGGCUGAAACCAUAUACAGAUGAGACAAUUAUUGAUCUUGGACGAAAGGGUGUGAAGAGCCUUUUGGCUGUCCCGAUAAGUUUUGUGAGCGAGCACAUUGAAACUCUUGAAGAAAUUGAUGUAGAGUAUAAAGAGUUGGCUCUUAAAUCUGGCAUCGAGAAAUGGGGUCGUGUCCCUGCUCUAGGAUGUGAACAAACAUUCAUUUCAGACCUGGCAGAUGCAGUGAUUGAGAGUCUCCCUUAUGUUGGUGCCAUGGCAGUGUCAAAUCUUGAAGCUCGACAGUCUUUGGUGCCACUGGGUAGCGUAGAAGAGCUAUUGGCAACAUACGAUUCUCAACGGAGAGAGCUUCCACCUCCUGUGACAUUUUGGGAAUGGGGCUGGACAAAAAGUGCGGAAACCUGGAAUGGAAGAGCGGCUAUGCUAGCAGUGCUGGUAUUAUUGGUUUUAGAAGUUACUACUGGAGAGGGAUUUUUGCAUCAGUGGGGUGUAUUGCCGUUGUUUCGCUGAGGAAAAUGCCCUCAUGCUCCUCCACCUCCCCCCCCUUUCUCUCUCUCCCCAAUGCUUUUGAUGAUUUCACCUCCAAAAUGGAAUCCCAUGCAUGGUGCCAUUGUCGUGCAGUUGAAGUAAUUGUAUAUCGUGUCCUUGGCGAGGUUCAAAUGCGAGGUAAAUACACGGCCAUAACAUUUUUGAUGCAAUUCACUGAUCUUUCAGUGAAGCAAUUUCCUUUUUCAUAUGUUGUAAAGUAAUGUCUGUGUCAGCACUUAAUCUAUCCGCACAAGACAUCUGGAGUGUAAGAAGAGACGGAGUACUUGCAUCAUAAUUUUAUUUAGGGGGAUCGGAAAGAUGUGGCAUGUAGAGUGUAUCGAUAGAUGAGUCAUUGGACUGUCAUGAAUACUCCAAUUAAUGUGGGCAGGUCAAUAUUGCUUGUUUGUACAAGUGCUACUAUCCUUUACUUGUUCUGACUAGCUUGCUAUAAAAACAGCCAUAGAAAAAAGGUUUUGCUUAGAGCUCUUCUAUCAAAA